AUGGCGUUUUUGACGACGAUGUCAAUGCUUCUCCUGCUGCUGCUGCUUCUGAUGAAAUUGGAUUGGUUUUUGAAUUCAAGAAGAACGGAAAUCCUUCUCAACUUUAACGCAAGACAACCGUACAAGAACAUUAAAGUUAUAAAUGCAGCAGAGACAGAUAUAGUUACACAGAUAAUCACUGAGUCAAUUGGAGCCAGGCUUCCUAACAACAGUAGAUUUUGCGAUGUAGUAUCAUUCGUCAUUGCUGUUGAUGUAGUUGUACUCAGAACAACUGUUGAUGUCAUUGAUGUUGCAGUAGCAGAGGCCUAUUGUGAAAUAUUUCCGCGUUUAACUCUCGAGCAAAUUCUUUCAUUUGAUUCGGUGAAGAAGAUUCAUUUCAGCGAACAGAUUCAUUUAAAUAUUGCAAGGAAUUUGCAUCACGAUUCGCAAUUCUAA